AUGGCUGACUUCGACAAGAAGGCCUGGGUUCUUCGCCUGCUGCGGACAGCAUCCGGGCCCGCCCACCAGCUCAAUGCCGCCCGCAGCUUCGCGACAAUCCAAUCCGACAUCUUCAAGCCCACAAAGUACGGUGGCAAGUACACAGUAACCCUCAUUCCAGGCGACGGUAUCGGCUCCGAGGUGGCCCAGAGCGUCAAGACCAUCUUCAAGGCAGACAAUGUACCGAUCGAAUGGGAGCAGGUCGAGGUCUCGGGCCUGGACGACGCGACGCCGACCGGGCGCACCGAAGACCUGUUCAGGGAGGCCGUCGCCUCUCUGAGACGCAACAAGCUCGGCCUCAAGGGCAUCCUCCACACCCCCAUCAGCCGGUCCGGCCACCAGAGCUUCAACGUGGCGAUGCGCCAGGAGCUCGACAUCUACGCCUCCAUCUGCCUGAUCAAGAACAUCCCGGGCUACACCACGCGGCAUAAGGACGUGGAUCUGUGCAUCAUCCGUGAGAACACCGAGGGCGAGUACAGCGGGCUGGAGCAUCAGUCCGUCCCGGGCGUGGUCGAGUCGCUCAAGAUCAUCACACGAGCAAAGUCGGAGCGCAUCGCCAAGUUCGCCUUCAGCUUCGCGCUAGCCAACCAGCGCAAGAAGGUGACGUGCAUCCACAAGGCCAACAUCAUGAAGCUGGCCGACGGCCUGUUCCGCAACACCUUCCACGCCGUCGCCAAGGACUACCCCACCAUCGAGACGGGCGACAUGAUCGUCGACAACGCCUCGAUGCAGUGCGUCGGCCGUCCCCAGCAGUUCGACGUCAUGGUCAUGCCCAAUCUGUACGGUGGCAUCCUAUCCAACAUCAGCGCCGCCCUGGUCGGCGGGCCCGGCGUCGUCCCCGGCUGCAACAUGGGCCGCGACGUCGCCGUCUUCGAGCCCGGCUGCAGACACGUCGGCCUUGACAUCAAGGGCAAGGACCAGGCCAACCCUACCGCCCUCAUUCUCAGCGGCACCAUGCUGCUGCGCCACCUGGGUCUCGACGAGCACGCCACCCGCAUUUCGCGCGCCAUCCAUGCCGUCAUUGCUGAGGGCAAGGUGCGAACCCGCGACAUGGGCGGCGAUUCAUCGACCCAAGAGUUCACCAGGGCCAUCCUCGACAAGAUGGAGGCCUCGCUCUAG